GUCAUAUGACGUCCUGUCAAAAGCAGCCGUUCACUCGGACAGGUCUGCGCCCCCUUCACCUUCUACAUCUGACUCUGCUCUCCUAGCUUCAUUUUGAUGCACAGGCACAUCCUGGACUCUACUUCCUGAUCCUAUAGACAGAGUUUGCUGCUGUUUUACUAAAUAAAUUGUCUAUACUGCACUUAGAGGCGCCUUCCUCUCUUUUUCUUGUACUAUGUCCGCAGUCUCUGGUCAUCUCCUGUACUAUGUCUGCGGUCUCUGGUCAUCUCCUGUACUGUGUUCGCAGUCUCUGGUCAUCUCCUGUACUAUGUCUGCAGCCUCUGGUCAUCUCCCGUACUAUGUCCGCAGUCUCUGGUCAUCUCCU